UCUUAGAACAAGGAAAUGCGAAUACGUUGCAGCGCCGGCGAGGACCCCGGCGCAGCACGGAUCGCGAGUGUAAGCGACCGCCACAACGACGACGCUCGCGGACAGUUUGAGUUUUCCGAAUCCUUUUCUUCCAUUUCCUGGGACGAUUUGAAAGGAAUUUGUCUAAUCCGAUCUGUAAUCCAAGAGAGUUGGACAGACAUGGACAUCAAACACAAGGAGGUUUUGCAGUGGCUUCACGAGGUCUACGGAGAGGAACAGAUCCCCGUGUACGAGAAGAAUGAACGCAGCAUCAACAUCUUGCACAGUCUCAUGAAAGCAAGCAAGCGUUCAGAGGACAAUGCUAAAGUUCUAGCCGCUGAUUACACUAAGAAGGCAGCCGAGUAUAGUGCUGAAGCAAUGCAGAAGCAAAACUGGCUGGACGCCCUGACCUUCAAGCCAAAUGAUCUCUCUGAGGAGAGUCAGAAAUCCCUCGGCGCCUUGGCUAACACGGCACAGGUGCUUGAUGUCCAGACAGCCACAAGCACCAAUAUAGUGCUUGCUUUGAAUCAGCUGGAAAUGGAUCACAUGAAGGUUGUCAAUGAGUUAGAACAAGAAAAGGGGAGAAAAGCUUGCCUGCUGGAAAUGAGUCAGCAGUUAUCCAGAAAACUAGAGGAAAUAAAACG